CUUACAUAGGUAAUUCAUACAAAAAGUGUACACAGGAAUGCGAAAAUACACCAAUCAAAGCGAUAUGUGAUUCUGCAAGUAUCGUUCAGUGCGCUUAAUAAACACCGUGGAAGAAGUGUAGAACUAUUAACUUAAUUAAACGAAUUUAGCAAAUCUCAACUCGAAUAUGAAGCCGUCCAAGAAUCGAUUGUCGAGCUUGGCUGAGGAUUUAACUAUUCCGGAAGAUGCACCAUUUCGCGCACGAUUACAUGCACUUUUUGGACAGAUUGAGAAGGAAUUCGAAUUAUUGUACUUGGAAAAUUUAAACUUGCAGGAAAGGCUUGAUAACUGUAUGAAUAAAGAUCAUAUAUCAUCAUAUGAACGAUCGGCAGGAGUCAUUGCUGCAGGUGGGAACAGUGCCGGUGUAAUUGGCGUCAAUGCACCAAAUACCGGCCUAACUAGUGCAACUCAAACCAGUAUUAUUUCCGCUAUUGGACAUGAUGAUGGCGAAACUCCGGCGCUUGCACCAAUUAUUGGAGGAGGUGGUGGAAGUAAGGGUCUGAAGGCUAAGUUUACAUCAAGCAGUGGUAAGGUAAAGGCCAGUAAUAAAAUUAAAGCACAGACCAGCCGAAUAGUAUCGAGCUUCAAAGCGCAAACCGUAGUUAGCCAAGUGACCCGAGAAUUCUGUGGACAUAAAGAUGGUGUGUGGCAAAUAACAGCUAAAGUUGGUCAGCCAAUUAUUGGCACUGCAUCAGCAGAUCAUACUGCAUGUAUUUGGGGCAUAGAGAGUAGCCGAUGUUUGUUACAGUAUCAGGGGCAUGCAGGCUCAGUUAAUUCUGUGAAAUUUCAUCAAAAUCGCGACCUUGUACUGACAGGUAGUGGGGAUGGAACUGCACACAUUUGGCAGGCAGCUGUUAACUGGGAUUCCUCCAAGAGAGGUCAUUCAUCAGAAGAAGAGCUGGAGGAUAGUGAUGAACAAGUGGAAGAUCGAGAUCGCGUUGACACAUUGCGCACACCCUUGUGCGAGUUCACUGGCCCAGGCGGUCACUCGUCCGUAGUGGUAGCUGCUGAUUGGUUGCCAAGCAUGGAUCAUAGGCAAAUAAUUACAGGAAGCUGGGACCGUACAGCAAUUUUAUGGGACGUGGAGUCACGUGAACCAAUACAGACUCUCACCGGGCACGAUCACGAAUUGACGCAUGUAUCUGCGCACACCAAUCAGCGGUUGGUUGUGACAGCUUCGCGAGAUUCGACGUUUCGUCUUUGGGAUUUUCGAUAUGAAAUUCCCGCAGUAUCUGUUUUUCAGGGGCACACAGAAAGUGUUACAUCGACGGUGUUUGCACGUGACGAUAAAGUGGUGUCCGGUUCGGAUGAUCGCACGGUAAAAGUUUGGGAAUUACGCAAUAUGCGUUCUGCUCUCGCCACAAUACGCACAGACUCAUCCGUAAAUCGGCUGGCGGUUUCAAGCGGUGGCAUUAUUGCCAUACCACACGACAAUCGGCAAAUACGACUAUUCGAUUUAAACGGACAACGAGUGGCGCGAUUACCAAGAACAAGCCGACAGGGUCAUCGCCGUAUGGUAUCUUCUGUGGCCUGGGCUGAAGAACCAUUGACUAAUUGCGAUUUGUUUUCGUGUGGGUUUGAUCGGCGUGUAUUUGGCUGGUCUAUAGUUUUGCCGAAAGAAAAUUGAAAAUUACUAAAAACGGCAAAGUUUUAAAAACACAUUUAAAAUUAAUCUAUAAUUCAUUGCGAAACUGUUAGCUAUGAAUGUGCUUGGGAAAGCGAGCGGGUAGUACAGGAAUUUAUUUAUUAAAACCUCUUUAUGUAGAUAAACAGUAGUAGUUUAAAUAUAUUUGAAUGUUAGUUGAAGGACUGUCGUCCGAGUAUCUGAUAACAUUAUUAAUUGCAGACGGCAUUAAACUGAGAGCGUAAACACUAUUUUCUACUUACUCUCUAAAAAUGAUAUUGCAUAUUAAUCAAUAAUUUUCUGACAAUCAUUUUUUUGUUUUUGUUUUUUACAUGCUGCUUUUAAUGCAAUAAUUGAAACUAGGCCAUCGAUCUAUAUUAUAUAUACUAUAUAUAAAUUUCAAAGCGUGUAGAACUUUUUUUGUAACUGACUUUCUUCAUGCUCCAGAAAAGUUGUGUACUCCUUGAAGAUUUAGUGAGUUCAGCGAUUUAUUUUAAAUUGUCCUGAAGUGCCAAUGUUAGUUGCUAAAAGUUACUUGCUAUGGAAUACUCCUAUUCAGACAUGAAUGACCAUUAACAAUGAUUGAUUUUUGAACAAUUAUGCAUGAGUCAGAAAUUAUAGCUCGUUUUAUGAAAAAUAUGCACGCAUAUGCACAUACAUUCACACAUGAAUUUAAUAAGCGUACCGGACCGAUUCAAUCAUACGAUGAAGGUGAAGUACAAAGCCAAAAAUAUCUAAAAAAAUCUUGUUAUCAUUUUUGUGUAUUUAUUAUAAAUAUAUAUAUACCUAAAUCAUCUAUUAAAUACAAUAUAGUUUUUAUGCGAAUACAUAUACAUAUUUACUCUAAGUGUGUAUUGAUCACUAAUCAAUAUUUCAUAAUAUAAAUAUAAAACUCUCCAUAUGACACGUUAGACCUGUUGCAUUACCAUUUGCGUAUAUCACACCUUUAUAUAGCUUAUGCUCUAGGAAAGUUGUUAUUUACAAAAAUGUUAAGCAACCUGACAUGGAAAUGUUUCGAAUAAAGUUUACAGUUUACAUCUUAAA